AUGUCGACAGAUAUUUACUUAAUUCUUAGUCGCCAAACGGGAACGUUGUGGAAUUUCGGACUGUCGAGUAACCGAAUUCUGCACAUAAACGCUUGUCCUCUACAUAUUGCGAUGUGGUAUUUUAAAACAUUUGGGCUCAAAUUUUUCACAGCAGCAUCCGUAUACUGUAGUGUACAUUCUCUUGGAUCUGAUUUGAAAAUUCAACACUGGAACUACAACUGGGAUAAGUCACAUGGUAUACACGAUAAUUCAAAAUUCGGGUUAAAACCAGAUACACUUAACGUAGUAAAACAUCUGCAAUCUUAUCAUAAAUUAAUUAUUUUUAUACGUCAUGGACAGUAUCAUUUGAAUAGAAAGAAGUCGGAGGAAAAGGUCCUCACCGAUAUUGGUUGGCGACAAGCAUAUGCUGCAGGUUGUCGACUUAGGGAAAUGGGAAUUAAAAUUGAUCGCAUUAUACACUCAGAUUUAAUCCGUGCUCGACAAACUACAGCUGCUGUUCUAAUUGGCUUACAAAAUAAUGUUGACGAUCUGUUUGAUUCACCAGAAAUUGUUCAACUUGUUAUACCGUAUUCAUCUGAGUUAGAUGAUCCUAAAUCAUACCCUGUUACACAAAAAUCUAACCAAAAAAAUUCAAUUUCAAAGUCUAAAUCAAAUUCUCCAGUGAAAAUGCCAAUGAUUGACAAUCCUUAUACACCUUAUGCGAGUGCCAUGUUCGAUUGUCAACUAUCACGUUAUCUUACUGAGGGUCCACCUCCUGUUGCUCCUGUUCCACCAACAUCAUCUACAAAAAAAUCUGAUAAUAUUCGUUCAACAGAAGGUAUUCGUAUCGAUGAAGGAUUUCAAAUACAUUUACAUUGUAAACCAAUUACAAAACAAGGUAUUAUUGCAUAUAAUGGUCCAUUGUAUUGUCCUAAUAAUUGUUGUUCUAUUUUAAAAAAUAAUUCUAUUAUAAAUAUAAUUCAAUGUGAUUGUCCAUGUCAUCGUAUGACAGAAUAUAAACCAAUUGAAACAAUUGUAUUUAUUGGUCAUGCUAAUGUAUUUCGUUAUUGGAUUUGUAAAUUAUUACAAUUACCAAUUGAAGGAUGGUUACGUUUAAGUUUAGGACAUGGAAGUAUUAGUACAUUGUUAAUUACAAAUGAUGAAUUCAUAAUUCAUUCUAAAGAAGACAAUAAUAAUAAUAAUAAUAAUAAUAAUAAUAAUAAUAAUAGUGAUGAUGAUGAUGAUGAAGUGAAAUAUACAAAAAAAUUAAUAUAUGGUUCAAUAGUAACACUUAAUCGUCUUGGAGAUGUUGGUCAUUUACCACCGGAAUUAUUAACACAAUAAUAGUAUCUCUCUAUUUUUCUUUUCUAAUGAUAAAUAAUUACUUAAUGAAUUACGCCUGUUACUCCUUGUGAAAGAGCAUAGGCCGCUCAUCACCAGCAUUCUCCAUCCAACCCUGUACUGGACAAUUCUUUCCAGUUCUUUCCAGUUGUAAUUUCUAAUGAUAUAUAUUCAUUAUAAAUGGAUGAAUGUACAUAACAAUAAUGAAAAGAUUAUUUAUAUAUUAUUAUUAUUUGAUGUACAGUUCUGUAGAUUUCUAUUGUAAUUUAUAUAUGAAAUAUAUUGAUAAAGAUUGUAAUUUACUUUUUAUUCAUUGAAUUCAAUUAAUGAAAUGGUACUAUGUAUUAUGUAAAUGAUUCAUUAUUGUCGAUAUUUUGUCUAUUUAAACACAUAAACAUGGGUACAAGAAGGCAGUUCGUUCUGUUUUACUUUACGGAUGCGAAACAUGGCCAUUAAGAGUCGAAGAUACUCGUACGCUAUUAGUAUUUGACCAUAGAUGCCUUAGAAAUAUUGCUCGC